CGCCGACCAGUCCGGAACGGUUUCUAACAGUCAGGUGCUUCGUGUAAAUUAAUUAGAGUGCUGAUCCAUCAAUAUAACCGCCUUGUUUUCCUUAUUGAAUAAUGUCACAUGCUUCCAGUCUUAACAUCAAUUACUUUCCGUAGAAGGAAUCUGAACUGGCUGUCGCCGUUGUAAGGGGUUUAUCCGAAAAGUGAAGUACAUCAGAAAUGAAAAACAAAAAUGAAACAGUUAAUUUUUCACAGGUGGCGACACAGCCACUUCAUUCCUCCGAGUGCGAAGUUGAGGUUCACAGUAAAACUUUACAUAAAAUUAGUAGAGCCAAUCAAAACAAACGUUCAGCAUGACGUAAUAGGAAAUUUGUUUAUUUAACGCUAAUGAAUAUCCAGACAGUGCCUGUAGCACACAAGAGCCCUUGGAGUCCUCUGGGGUUUAAUUACGCUUCAGCCACUCCAUCUUUUCAAGUUCUAAGUCAUAAGUAUGUCAGAAGCUGAAUCAGGGAGCAGACGAAGCACUUCUACAGCAAAUGAAAGAAAAGAAAUUCACGAAACGUGUGUAUGGAAGAGAACAAUAGCUAAGGUGAGUUUCGUAGCUGAUGCCGAUAGCUGCGUGUGCACACGACGUUCCUGUCCCUUCCGAUGUGAUAGUCGGGCAGGGGUGCGAGGAGACGCUUCAGUCUGCGCUGAAAGUGUGGGUGGUGACGUCAGGAGCUGCUGUAGUGUCGAUGGUGGAAGUGAUGAAGACAAUAGCUGCUGCCUUAUCUUAGAAUUUCCACCUGAUGUGGUAGGAGUGGAGAUGGAGGAGUCAGAAGUAAUGGCCAUCGAGGCAUCUUCAGCACACGGUGGGGAUAUUGUACUUUUGUAAGUGUUGCUUUUUGUAGUGCAAGGGAAAAAUUUGUUGACAAAUAUAUAAAGGUGACACUUAGCUGGUCAAUGACAGUUGUAAAUUAUACAACUAUCCUGUGCCAAAG